AUGGCCAAGCUGUCUCUCGAGCCCCCCUCUUCUGAGGACCUUGUAUACAUCUUAAACCAUGUUUUUAUGCCUCCUAGACUACCCCAAGAAGACGACCAUGACGAUAAUCACGACAUCGCUCUUUGUCGUGUCAUAUGUGAUGCUUCCCAAAAAUUUGCUGAAUCUCUAUUGCAACACCAGCGAGGGCUGUGGUCCACCGUGGAUCAAAUGCUUCAGAAAGUGCUGCGGACAACAGAAGUUCGUGGAAAAGAUAUCCUCGUUGACAACAUAUUGUCGCUCGGGGACGGAGAGGUUCUUGUACUUCACAUCCGUGCUCAAAAUGCCGCUAUUAUUUUACGCAGGCUUCACGAUGCUAUGGUUUUUGAAGUCUUCGAGGUUUCGCCGACUCCCGAGGCUGUCAUGGCCGUUAAGGGGAAACUCAUCUGCUCGUAUCCCGGCCCUGCUGUCGAACUUCCUCUCAGUGUCGCACACGAUCGCUCAUUUGUUGAACAGCUCGUUUCUUUUCUCCUUCACAUGGACGUUGAUCAGCUGGAUGCACAACCUACCACAACCAAAGCCGGGUCCAAAGUCCCCGAGACUCGAGCCACCGCCCACCCACGAUACAUCAGUCAGCUCCUCGUUAUGAUACUUUGCGGGAUGGGGAAGGAAGCCGACGUCAACCGUAUCACUAAACGCAUUGCAGAUGACGUAUGCUGGGAGAAUGCUAAAAACCCUUGGCGGAGGUCGUCACUUUGGCUUGUGCUCCGAGUAGCCAUACAAACACUGGCAACCGCUGACUCCCAUCAUAUUUACAAAACAUUUAUGAUUUUCUUUCAGACCGAUCUUCUCCGUAUGUUUCUCAACCAUAAUUUCUCUAGCGAGCUACUGCACGCUGCCAGAAUCAAGACAUGCAGGCGUGUUCAUAAGCUUGGCGCCUCCGCACCUCAAUUCCUCUUGAAAGCGGUGGAGGACAUCAGUCAAGCGAUUGAGAAUUGUCUUCAAGCAAGAUGGUCUAAAGAGCAACUCCGACAAGCCAGCUCUCCAUCCUUCAUUCCCGUUCCUGCUGCCCUCGAAAAGGAUAUCACAAUUUCACUUCAGAAAUCCCAUGCGUAUCUCACCAAAAUCAUUCACCCAGAUCCUUGCACACAUACUCCCUCGCUGUUUGUUCCAUCUCACUUCCCCCGUCUUCGUGACAAUUUUGACCUUCACCAUUGUGACGGCUUAACCAACACGGUUCAAGCUGACCCUUUCGUCGCCCUUGCUGACUUUGAGUUCUUCGUCCAGGAAAAAUUGGAUACAUGGGUUAAAGAGAACCAUCAAGAUGAGUCGGCAUGCGAGAAGUUAGGAUUGUGCUUGGAACAGUAUAUCUCCUUCUCCAAGACUCUAUAUUCCUCCAACCCAGAGGACGAGUCGCUCAUGCUUUUGACAAUCAUGGAACUCUGGGUCGCGCUUGAUACCAUCGCCGUCUCCCACUGUCCGCUCCUUCGGGAAUACUCUCCUGAGAUUCCAGCCUCAAUUUUGGAACCCCUCCUUCUUCGCAAAGCAAAAUCCAUCGAACGCGCUGCCAAAAUAGAGCUUUAUCUACGCUGCCGGCACUCCAGCGUUACUGUUGCAACGUCGAUUUACUCCGAUAAGAUGCAAGAAAGCAUGUUCGCUGUGCGUUAUUUUGAGCAGGAAUCUUCCCUUGCAGACCUCAAAGCCUCUAUUGAAUCAUAUGCCACCAAUAACCGUAAAAACAAGCAUGCAGAGCUCCAGAAGAAACAAAAGGAGUAUAGGCAACUCUUGGAUGUCAUUGCCAGUGCUAGUUGCGAAUACGUUGAGAGCUAUUGGGGCACUACGCAUUACCGUUUCUGCUUCAAGUGCAAACUCCAGAACCAGGCCAAUUCCAUGAGUAUUAAUGUACAUGAGUGGCCCUUGCCCCGGCAUGAUCUGGAUGCUAAAGCGGUUGUCUUUGAGCUCAACUGUCCUCCGGUCUUCUCCAUCUGGAGGACACGGACAUACCAGAUCCUUCGUGAUAUUGGGAUGGCACAUGUCAACGUCCAGUCGGAGAUUACUCCUAAUAUUCUCAUUGAGGGUUAUGAAGGACUGGCAAUCUGGUCAAAGAAAGGCACGUCAGGUCGCAUCACCUUUGGUUCGGAUACAAAGUCAUUUCCCAAUUCCCAUUACCGAGAGGUCCUGAUCAGCACUGCCGACGUAAACAGUGUCUCUGUCAACAACGGCCUACACUUCCGGCUUUAUGACAGCGUGAAGAGGGAAUAUGUGUGUUUCCCCUUCAAUCUCAGUCUCGAUUCAUACUGCACACUUCGUCUACCCAAGGAUGGAGAAGCGCUAUACCAGCAUCUCCAAGAUGCCGUGGCACACACAACCCACACUCACAAUGGAACGAUCGUCAAUCAGGGAGAUUGUCCCAUGAACCUGAGCAUGCAUGAGCAACUUGCUUUCUCUAACCUUCGAUGUGGACCACAGCUGCAAUGGAUGAACAUCGCCCGUGAACUUCGCACGGCUGUCCUGACGUUUUCUCGUGAGGAAGUUCAUACACUUAUCACACAAGCAGCCUGGCAGCUAGGACCUCUCUCUGAGGCUGGCCCCCGGUUUGUUAGAGACUGGCAUUUUGAACUUGAAGAGCCAGAUUUUGGUCUUGUUUUAAUUCGAGAGGCCAUGGGCCUCCUGACUCGCAUUGAGGCAAAUUGGGUUGAAGGAACAACAGUGAAGAGCAUCAUUUAUCUCACAAGUCGCCUUCUUGCUUCCACUACAGAUGUCCAAGUCCAGAAGGAUGGAUACGCACUGUUGCACAAAGCUCGAGAGGUAACAUUUAACUGGAUGCGUCAGAUAGGACAAAAGCUUCAAUUUGCUGUCGCCGAUGACUCGGAUGAGGCUAGCAACCUCCACAGACUUGUCUGUGAGAUGGCUGCGACCUGCAGGGCAACCUUUGAUGUUGAUGCUGAAACUCAUCUUGAAGCCCUCCUCCACUCUUCAGCAGAUGUUGCCACUCUCAUUGAGUGUGCCAUCAUGAUUCAUGACCAUGCCCCCCUGCAUCUUGGCCACAUGUUUCCAGAUUUUCAGAAAUUGCUCCAUCGAGAUCGCCGACUCUCUCAUUUUCUGGAAUCACUUCUCAAUAAGCUCAUUCAUGGUGACCGAUCCGGAUUGGACACCGCAAUCCAAUCUGUUUGGUCAGGGUACAGGCCUGGAAAUGGCGCGUGGCAACAGUUGAGUGAGCCCAACUCACGAUGGCUAAAAUCAUCCACCACCGCUGAGUUACCUGGUCAGCGAAGUCAAGAGGUUCAUUACAACAUGCUAGACGGAACGUUACUUGUGGAUGGGAAGCUGCUCGGGCGCCUGCCUCAUGAGAUUGUCAGCCAUUCAACUUACAGACGGAUAUUUGGCCAGAAAAUAUUGGAUGUCAUUCCUGCUGAUAUGGCUGGGAUGGAAUAUGUUACUCGAUCUCCGGUCUAUAAUUAUAAUGUUUUCUUCGCUCUUCGCAAUGAGGGUCAAGAUCUCAUUAUACGUGCACGAACACCUUCAGGCCAAGUCUUUGAACUGGUUCCCCAUCAUAUUCUGCUUGAGGAUUUCCCUACCUUUUUCUCAACGGAACACGUGCAUUGGAUGCACAUUUAUAGUGGUGAAGUUGAAUUUCGACCUCUUGAUCAGUUGUGGGAACAGUCACCUCAGAAUUGGCGGCUUGUCUUCUUGCCAAGCGGUUGCGGUAGGAUGAUUCAUGGCACGGGCAAGACUCGCUACCUUGUUGACAUCCGAAGCAAGACAUUCCAGGACAUUGCGGCCCGUAUACGCCCUUUAGAACACUCGAAAUAUCUGACUGCCAUCUAUGAUCUCCAAUCGCAAACUGUCUCAAUUGAGCUACCUCGAUUCCGGCUUUCAUUUUUUGGUAUGGUCAUCGACAACAACCAAUCCACACAGACUAUGAUUGGGCUAAGCAGCCAGCUCGUCCUCUGCCAUAAAGACCCAAUUUUUGCAAGUCUCCCUCGCUCGCGCUGUGUGCUCAUACCCCAUGGUGACGUCAACUUCUCCCUUGCCUCAAAUCAAAAUCAUGUCCAUGUAUAUAUCGAUACCAGCACCAAAUUCAUCCGUCAAGUUAUGUGGUACAAAUACGAGAUCGACUCUGAUCUUGGCUUGCUCGUUGGCAAUGUCAACCUCACAAGUCGGCUCUACAGGAUCUACCUGCAUGCUCUAUGCAGCCAUGCUCUUCCAGACCCUUUGACGAGCCAGACAGGUACAGAUCAUGCGCUGCAGGAGUUGAGUGCUGCUGGCAGUUUCUCAUUCCAAAGUUUGACAGAGGCUGAUGUCGAGCUUCUUCGGCUUAUUGGGAGCAUCAGCCCUCGUCGGAAUUACUAUCCAAGGCACCUUUGUGCUAUGCAAACCACGGAAUGGUCUUCCUGCCUUCCUGCACUCUCUCAGCACGGCAGGUUUGACACUGCUGUCCGCAGCAUCCUGCAAUAUGCACAAUCUCUCAAUAUCUUCCUUGCGCCGACAGAUAGGAAAGUUGAUCUUGACUACGAGUGCGUUGGUGAUUCCUUCUUAAUGGCACGUGCAACACAAAGAAAUGCUGUUUACUAUGAAGAAGGUGUUCAGAGAUCACCGGAUUUGGAUACGAGAUACAAUUCUCGUGAUUCUCCUCACAUCGCCAAGUAUGACUCCGAUGGACUUGAGGCCCGGAACAUCUCCCGAUUGGUGUAUUCCUGGCCUGUAGGUCUAACUCGUGAUCGCCGUCUCAACUCCUCUGACCUCCUCAAUAUCUUCAAAGAAUGGCGCCACAUGAACGGAAUUGUCCCUGACACAUCAUUGGUUUACACCAAAGAGUGGUUGGAUCUGGAUCUGCCUGCGAAAUUCCUUAGUAUCUAUGAUCUUUGUCAUAGAAAAUCGCCAUCCAUCUCAAUGAAGUUUGAGUUGGUCUUUUCAUUCGCUGCACUGGCUUAUAGUAUGCCAAGCCUUCGGCAUCUCAUCCCAGUUCUACUAGCUUUCGCCACUGUUCGUGGGUCAUCAUUCAUCGCUCCACCCAUUCACCCGUCAUAUGACCUGACAGAUGAAUUUGAGCCAUGUCGGGAGCGAGUGCGUUCCAUGAUCAGUUCUGGGACCCACCCUAUUGUUGACAGCCCCGCGAGACAGCUCUCACGAAGACCUAACGAAAUUGAACGUGACUUCCUCUCCCGACAACUUCAACAUUAUAACGACAAUUCUAAGCGCCGAAUUGACAAUGCUGUCAACUACUUGAUGGACUGGCGACACCUUUCUACCCCAGGAUCCCCUUUCCAUCGCUGGGAUGACUCAGACUGGUUCAACACUGAAAGAAUUAUGGCUAAUCUUAGAAAAUAUUUUGCCAGCUGUUCCUGCAAUAGAGACCUUCGCUCAUUUGGUUAUCAGGUUACAGAUAUGUUGCAGGAUGGCUACAUUGAUUUUGCAUUGACUGGAGAAAAUAUGCCAAGAUUCUGCUUUACCACCUCCCACUUCAAUGUUGACAACAGUCAACUAGUCUCUCCCUUUACCUUGGUCAGGCUUCUUUCCAGUCGUAAAGAUCAAAUCCCAGCACGUUCUACUCACAAGUUUGGAGAAGGAGCACUCACAACCAACCCCAUAGAGAAUCCUAUCUCUCAAUUUCGGCGUAAUAGCGACUCUGGAAAAGCAGCACCCACAACCAACCCCAUAGAGAACCUUAUCUCUCAAUUUCGGUGUAAUAGCCACGCUCCACUCAGGCUUACUCAACGGUAUAGUGAGCACCUCGAAAAAAGUCAGAGAGAAUUACCUGGCAAGCAAAUUUCAAUCUCGUCCAAGCAGUUACCUCCCAUCAAUGUCUGUUUUACAUAUCGGGACCAGUGCCAGACUUACAUGAACGAUGUCUCGAGUUCAAUUUGCUCUGCUUUGGCGCCUUCAACUGCCAUAGAAAGGAUCCUCAAAGUUGCAGGUUUGUGGCCUCGCAUUCAUCCUCGUACCAUGUUAUCUCCUCUGGGAUCCACGGCUAACAUUCAUCUCACUUCUGAAUGGGCCCAGAGUUUGACUGCCUUUGCCAAGGCGUUCAUCGAGUACCAGCUUUCUCAGCGGUUGUUGGAAUACGCCCUGCGCGUUGAAGUUGACAACUUCUUUAAAGAGCUUCAAAAUGCGUCAUUCAAUCUGUCCGAUGCAGAAAAUAAUCCUGACUGGCUACUCAUACAGAUCCAAGGAAACUUCAUCAUCCGCCCAGUCCAGUCUGCCGUCGCGCGCGAGAUGAUAACACCUUCUUCGAAUCAAAGCACACUUCUGCAGCUGAACAUGGGUGAAGGAAAGUCUCAUGUCAUCGUGCCUCUCGUGGCCGCCGCCCUGGCCGACUCGGACAAGCUAGCUCGAGUCAUUGUCUUGAAGCCUCUUGCAGGCCAAAUGUUCCAUCUGCUUGUUGAACGAAUCUCUGGCCUUGCCAAUCGUCGUAUUUUCUAUCUCCCAUUCUCUCGCAACAUCAAGAUGAAGUUGCAACAGGUGCAGCAAAUCCGAGAUCUGUUUGAAGAGUGUGCUCGCGUUCGAGGAGUCCUAGUGGCUCAACCAGAGCACGUACUUUCUUUCAGGUUGAUGGUGGUUGAACAAACUUUAUCAUCAAGCUCUCAUCUCGACAAUGUUGCGCAGGAGUUGCAGAAGACGCAGGCAUGGUUGAAUUCCACUUCGCGAGACAUCCUUGACGAGAGCGACGCACUUCUUCAUGUCCAAUACCAACUCAUCUAUACCAUGGGCCAGCAGCAGCCACUUGAUGACAGCCCAGAUCGUUGGAACACCGUGCAACAGAUAUUUAACCGCGUGCAUCGGCAUAUCACCCAACUUCAGAAAGAUUUUCCUAAAGAGGUUGAAUUCAAGCGCCGUGCAGCAACGAAAUGUGAAGGAGACUUCUCCCAUGUUCGUCUCCUUGGAACCUUGGCUUCUCAGAAACUUGUUUCCCAAAUUGCGGAAGAUGCCUUGGAUGGAGUGCUUGACAACUUGAACUUCAUUGGUCUCCGCACACAGCCUCAUCUCCGUAAUGUGGUCCGUCGCUUUAUUAGGGAACAUGACAUUGAUAGUCAAACAUACCUCGAUGUCGAGCGUUCCUACAAAACGUCUGCCAUAUGGAAGGGCCUUCUCCUACUUCGUGGCCUUCUGGCGGAGGGCAUAUUGAUAUAUGUUCUUAGCCAACAACGUUGGCGAGUGGACUACGGCCUUGAUCUGAAACGCUCAAUGCUUGCUGUCCCUUACAGAGCUAAGGAUGUUCCCAGCUUACGAAGCGAGUUCGGUCAUCCAGAUGUAGCCAUUUGCUUGACUUGCCUAAGCUACUAUUAUGGAGGUCUCACGGCAUCUCAAGUGCAAGAAUGCUUCGAGCUUCUCAUCAAGCUUGACAAUCCUUCUCUCGAGUAUGAGAAGUGGGUCAAGCGUGGAAAUGGUGACGUUCCUGUAAUGCUUCGCCAGCUAAUAGGGGUAAACAUGAAGGACGCGCAGGGGUUCACGAGCGAUGUUGUUCCUGUAUAUCGACAUAACCAAGCCGUCAUCGACUUCUUCCUUUCAAAAGUCGUUUUCCCCAGGGACGCCAAAGAGUUUCCUUCCAAGCUGGGCACGUCUGGAUGGGAUUUGGUCGAGCAGAAAGCUAACUUCACCACUGGUUUUAGUGGAACAAACGACAACUCUGAUCUGCUGCCCCUGUCUAUUACCCAGAGCGACCCCGUCAAUCAACUUCAAACAAAUGCGCAAGUUCUUGGGUAUUUACUUCAACCCGAGAAUGAUAGACGGACAACAAUGCUCAGCAAAGGAAUUUUUGGCAUCAUUAACUCGGACCGCAGAGCUAAAGGAGGCGUAUUUUUCGACGACGCGGACAACUUAUCAGUUCUCAGUCAGGAUGGCGUGGUUGAGCCAUUCUACUCCUCAUCCUUUUUCCGGCGGCUUGACCAAUGCAUUGUCUAUCUUGAUGACGCCCAUACGAGGGGAACUGAUCUUAAGCUUCCUCUCAACUUUCAAGCUGCGGUAACUCUGGGUCCUAAAGUCACGAAAGACAGGUUAGUUCAAGGCUGCAUGCGGAUGCGAAAGCUGGGUCAUGGCCAAUCUUUGGUCUUCUGCGCACCUCCUGAGGUUGACAGGCAAAUACGAGAGCCUAAAAACAUCAGUUUUUCGCACCACUGGCAAGUAAAGGUCAUCGACGUUCUAAGCUGGGCAAUGUCCAAGACCUGCACCGAAAUAGAGCGUCAGAUACCCCACUGGGUUCAGCAGGGCAUCGACCAUCACAAGAGACGUACGGGAGAAGCCGCAUUUUCUGUGUCUGAUUCGUUCAAGGUAGAACUUCUGGAAAAUGGUUGGCUUCAACCCGCAGCACGAUCCCUCGAGGAAAUGUAUGGUCGAAUGACCAAAUAUUCCUUUGAUUCACUCAGCGACAUUCCAGCCAUGCGCGACCGCCUUAGCAUGUUUGGGGUCACGACGGUGCGUGAUGCACAGAUUGAGGAGGAACAAGAAAGAGAGGUUAGUCAUGAAGUCGAGCAGGAACUACAGCUAGAGAGACCUCCCAGAGAGAUGCCCGCUGUGCAUUUCCUCGACGAGGAAGUUCGCCGCUUUAUCCAAUGCGGGACCAGCCCAACCAAAUCUAAAAUCUUCAUCCCCCUCAUGACCCCACUUUGCUCUAAAUCUGACGAGCUCCUCCCCAAGAACCCAUGGUCGAGACAGCUCCUGGCUACUCGAGACUUCAUUACCACAACAAAAGGCGGAAACGAGAAAUCCGUUCUCACUGACUAUCUCCGUCCCGUCAACUGGAUCGUCUCACACGUGCUUGAAGAUAGACUUGUGGUCAUGAGCCCAUACGAGGUCAAUGCUCUUCUUCAGGACAUUCGCGCAAGCAAGCACGUCCGUCUGCAUAUGUAUGCGCCUCGUACCACCCAGGCUAUUAAAUCAUUUGACGACCUCACAUUCUACUGUGUCCCGCCAUUACCAUGUGGAAAUACUGCUUUGGAAUCCCUGUCCCUCGACGUAAGGUGUCAGCUCAACAUCUGGGGAGGCCAGCUCUAUUUGGACCAAUACGAGACAUACCUCCGUCUGUGCCAUCUCUUGGGUGUCUCAACAAGUGAAACAGCGGGUUAUAGUUCAGUGGAGAGCGAUCGAUUUGUUCCUCGACGCAGUCGGAUCGGGGAGAUGGUGAAACUAUGCUUGUUCGACGAGAGUCCGUUGACGUUGCUAAAGACAUUGUUUGCACUGAGGAGGAAGGGCAUGAGUUAUCAGCAGACACAUAUGGGUAAGAUUUUGCACGCUCGCCUUCUUUCACAAGAAGACUUUGAGGAGUGA